CACAGGCACAUCAUAUUAAUAUACACCAGAGGCUCAGUCGUUCAGAACAUUGUACCUUAUAUUAUAACUGUAUAAAAUAUUUAAAACCGUAUUUAUUAUUUUUGUUUACCAAAUAUACCAAUUGGCAAUUACCGCCUGCCGGAAGGAGAAGUACCUAAGUAAGAGUAGAGCUGUGACCCCGGACUGUGGGUUAUGAAUUAUAAAUAAUUAAUCGCUGUACACAGUUCAAGCACAGCUGACAUAAACACACAAAAGUUAAUGUUUUGAAAAUGGAAUCAUUAUAUAGUUUACCUUUUAAAGUUCUCGAAGUCCCAAAUCUGCGUUUAAAACGGCCGUCAUGGUUAAAAAAACCGUCUGCCAUGUUCAUGUAUGUGAUUGUAACAAUCUCAUACUUUUUGGUGACUGGAGGGAUCAUAUAUGACGUCAUCAUAGAACCACCUAGCGUAGGUUCGACUACAGAUGAAAAAGGACAUUCAAAACCAGUGGCAUUUAUGCCUUACAGAGUUAAUGGACAAUACAUUAUGGAAGGUUUAGCAUCAAGUUUUCUAUUCAACAUUGGGGGUUUGGGAUUUGUUAUAUUGGAUUUAACCAAUAAUAAAUCAACUCCAAAAUUGAAUCGUACACUUCUGACCGGUGUUGGAUUUGCAUGCAUCAUAGUAUCAUAUUUUACUUGUUGGACGUUUAUGAGAAUGAAGCUUCCGGGAUACUUGAAGUCAUAAGAAACAAAUAUCAUUGAACAAAUCACAUUUUUUUUUAUUUUACAUAUUUUCAUAAGUCAAUCAAUAUUCUCAUCUUAUAUGUAUCAAGUUUUAAUAAUUAAAAAUAUAAUAAUAAUAAAGUAUAAUUUGUCGAUGAAAUUA